AUGGAGGAAAAUAUUAAAAAACUCCUUUCCAUUCAACAGGAAUUAACAUAAAGGAUGUAAAUUACAAUGAUAGUAACAAAAUUCUUGAUUAUUAGAAAUAUAUACAAGGUAUUUUAGAUUCGUAUCUAACAGGUAAGAAAGCUGAAAAAUUUGUGCUAUAAUUUUGUUUUUCAAUAAAAAAUAAACAAUUCAGUAACUUAUUGAUAUAUGCUUUAGAAAAGUUCAUGA